CCUGGGUGGAGUGAGCCUGUGCUUUUCUGUCCUGCCUGGACUGUGACCAGGAAGGAAAUGGAGUGGGCUCUGUCUCCCAGAAGACACCCAGUCUCGCCAAAAGCCACAUGACCGCAGAGCCCGUGGGGGCCAGACUUCGGCAGCGCCUGUCACGCCGGCUCCCGGUGACUGUAGAUGGAUUUGAGCGGCUGGAGCCUGAAAAGGGGCACGCCGAAAGUCACAGAAAAACCAGCCCCAAUCUCCAACUGGGCCCGAGUGAAUGGCUGGUCAUGGCCCCCGAACUUCUUCCAGGCACUGGCCUGGACUGUACUGUUCAUCUUUGCCCUGGUCAACUUCGGCAUCUUCAUCCCCUUCCUGCCGCCCAACUGGAACUUCAUUGCCUAUGGUGUGACUGGCGGGCUUUUCAUUUUCCAUCUGGUGGUCUACUUGAUUGCAGUUUCCAUCGAUCCAGCAGAGGCUAUUGUGAGGCUCAAGAACUAUGCAGAGCCUGUGCCUGCUUUCGACUACCCCAAACAUGCUCAUGUCAUCCUGCACCAGUAUUGUCACCUGUGUCAAGUCACAGUCAAAAAGAAGGCCAAACAUUGUCGUCUCUGCAACAAGUGUAUAUCUAACUUUGACCACCACUGCAGAUGGCUGAACAACUGUGUGGGGAGCAGAAAUUACUGGUAUUUCUUGAGCACCGUGGUCUCUGCCUGGGCCAGCCUGCUCUGCCUGGUCACCAUCCUGCUGGUCAUUUACACACUGUUUUUAACUAACCCGGCACAGCUGCGCACGCACCCCCACUACAAAAACAUCACCAACGCCAACACCUGGCUGUUGUUUCUACCUCUAUUGCCUAUAAAAACAAAGACUCUGGUCGUCCUGGACGUUGGGUUCCUUGUGCUCUUGUUAUCAGCUAUUGGCUUGGUCUUGCUUGGACGACUGAUCAAAUUCCACAUCUGCUUAAGGUCCAAGCAGAUAUCUACUUUUGAAUUUGUUACCCACAGCUACCAUAAAAAUUUUCCACCAGAGCCUAAACCUUUGGCUAUCCAUGUCAAAAUACCACAGCAAGCAGAUGAUGACCCGAGUUCAUCUGCACGUAGAGAACAGCGCAAGGAGGCCGAGCCGCAGUGGCUGCGGAGGUACCUGGGUUCCACCACCAUCACCCCCCUGGCGGGCUCCCAGCUGCAGCCAGCCAAAGACGACCUGAAGUCCCCCUCACACAGGAUGAAGUCCAAGGAGCUCCCGCUGCCUGACGAACACUUAUUCCCACCCUCCUGCACCAUAUUCAUGGAGAACUCAUGGGUGAAGGUCUCAAAGGACCGACAGGAAAUAAUGUUGCCUGUGAGUGUAGACCAUGCUGAGGCUGAAGGCUCAGCUUUAGGUGCUCAUGGACAGGAAAGAAGCAAGGAAUCCUCAGCCAGGGACAGAGGCCACGUGCAAAGCCAGAGAGAGCCCCAUGGGCACUGCAGCCUGUGCCCUGUGGGCACCCGCCUCCCCUGGUGAACUGGUUCUCACGGCCUCACGGGAGGGAGAGAGAAGACCAAGCUCAGAGCACAGCCCCCUGAAUGGAAGGCCGCUAAGUCAUCCUGGAAAAUUGGGACCCAGACGGCUACACCCACGUUGCAGUGGUGAGCCCGAAGGCUCCACUCCCACCAGACACACGAAGAAACCCUGGAGCCGAAAGGAACCUAGAAAAUGCUCAGACUCCUCAAGAUGAGGAUUAACACCAAGUGAUUCUGGACCAGUGGCUUGCUGGUGCCAAGGGGCAUGCCCCUCGCAUGUGCUGGGAAGACAUGAGGUGUGCCCACCCCACACGGCCACGGCCUCAUGGAGGCCAAGGCCGCCACAGAAACACACGUCAGGCACUGGGCUCACAGACCAAACACAAAGUAACCGUGGUUGUUGUUUAGGGAAACAGCAGGCAAAGGGAAAAACAUCUGAAGAGAACAGAAAAUUUGUUCAAAUGGCAUGUGUAUUUGAAGAGAAACCAAAUAAGAUUUAGAGCUACAGAGAAUAUCACUGACUCCGGAUGGCUGACUGAGGGUUUGGCAGCACGGGGGUCACAGCUGGAGUCCCUGAGCUGGAAGCCGUAGCUGGAGAAGUUACCUGACCCACAAAGACAGGACAACACGCGGAGGGGUGUGAGCUGAGAAGGACGCCUGGGGGGCUGCAUGCAGGGCAGUCGGGCUGAGGGCCCCACGCUGCUGAGCUGCCAACCCACACGCUCUCGGGUCCCGUGAGCCCAGGAGCACCAGAUAAGAUUGUAGAUAUGUCGUGAGCAAGCUGGCACGCUCCAGAGACCAAGAAAAUACGUGUUUUUAAACAUCAGGUGAUAAAAGACAGUCCUUCCAGGGAAUAUAGAUUAACUUCACUUGUCGUCAUGGAGGCCACAGCAGCAUGGAUCGCACCUGCAGUACGGGGUCCGUCAGCCCAGGGUGGUUCCCCCUGGCUGAUGCACCUUGUAGGGCAAAAGUAAAACAGGCAUUUCACACAGCAAUGAGGAAUGUUAGGGAGUGAAAAAUAAACCAUUUUCAUAGCA